AUGGCCCAAACGGAUCUCGUCUUUAUCAACGUCAAGGAGCCAAAGGACGCCCUCCAACUCGCCAAAACAUCCGAAAUCCGAUCUCAUGUAACGCGUUUGCAAUGGAAGAGAUUUGUGCGUCGUGAUAAAAGGCACCGGAAGAAGGCGUCGUUAUGUUCCCAGGAUCUGAACGGUGCGACGUGUUGGAAUGAAUCCGAUUCGCUCACUUCGACACUGCCACCAAUCUCGAUAUCGCCUCAAAUUGGCGGACUCAGAGUUGAUCCUUUCAAAUCAUAUCCUAUCUCGGACCGACCUGAGAUUCCCCUGCUCGUCGAUCACUACUUGAUGCACAUGGCAGUUGAUAUCCCUGAACUUGAUCUGCCUGGGAACCACGGCCUGUUAAGGACCAGUUGGUUCCCAUUAGUGAUGACCGAGCCCGCCUUGUUCUCGGUCAUCAUGCUUCUAGCUGCAUCGCACUAUGCUUCCCUACUGGGCAGCACUGAAGAAAUGAGGGCCAACCUCCUUGCUCUUCGUUAUGAAGCUGUAUUAUCCAUCAACCUCAGCCUUGAAGACCAGCAGCCCGGGACUAUAGGGGAUGCUCUAGUAGGGGCUAUAGCAAAGAUGGCUAGCUAUGAAGCCAUGUUCGGCAGCCUCGAGAAUUAUCAUAUUCACAUGCAGGGUCUCACCCGAGUCAUUAGCUUACGAGGGGGUUUUGCAUCACUCGGAUUGAAUGGCCUACUCCAUCGCAUCGUGAUCUGGAUUGACCGCAAUGCCGCUUUUCUGCAUGGAUCCGCGAUGUAUUUCCCAGUCGAUGGCUUCGUAUUAGGCAAACCUUUUCCCGAUCCGAAUCCCGGUCAUUUUCUCGGAAGCUCGUGA